AUGACGGUGGAUAAAUAUUUGGCCUCUGACAUAGACAUGUUGGCUCAAAGGGUACUUAAACUUGGUGAAGCUUAUGACGGUACCAAUCGUAUCAUUAUCACUAUUUCUGGGAUUCCGGGGUCAGGGAAAUCCACCGUGGCUGCGAAAUUGAUGCUCCAACUAAACAAACUUACCAGCGAUGUGGUGAUGUUACUGCAGGACGGUUUCCAUUACUACCGCGCCGAAUUACAUCUGAUGCCCAAUCCCCUGGAGGCCAUCGCUAGAAGAGGAGCUGCAUUCACUUUCAACGUUGUUCGGUUUGUGGAGCUUGUUCGCAAAAUCAAGUACGAUUUGAACAGUACCAUCUAUGCACCUGACUUCAGUCACACGUUAAAAGACCCUGAGGAAAACAAGAUACCAAUUCACCCGCAUCAUAAAGUGGUGAUUUUAGAAGGAAACUACGUGAAUAUCGCCCAUGGAGAUUGGAAAUUUAUUGGUGAAGUGGCUACAGAAAGAUGGAUGGUAACAGCAGACCCAAGCCUCGUCCGAGACAGGGUUAUUGCUCGUCACUUGAAGGCUGGCAUCUCCAAGACAUACAAGGAUGCGUGCCAUCGCGUUGACACCAACGAUUUGGUCAACGCUUACUUCAUUCUUCAAAACUCUCCAACCCCGGAUGUCGAAAUCCAAAACUGA